AGAGAGCGCUAACAACGUGUUGAAAUAGCCACGCUGCUAGCGAACAGAACAAACAUUUUCUCUCUCUGCUUCGAGGUCAGUUUUAAAAUGGCUCAGUUCAACGGAACAUGGGAGGACCGAGAAAUGGAUCCAAGCAUGGGACCAUUCCUGGAUGCGAUAGGGCUCGGUGAAUUCAAAGAAAAAUACGCGGGUGCAAGAACAACGGUGACCUACGAGGUUAAUGGAGACAAGUGGAAGAUUUCUUAUUUGAACAGCUUGUACCCUGACAAACCCAUGGUCUAUGAAAUCGAGAUCGGGAAAUCAUUCGAUGGAAAAGGCCCAGAUGGAUCAGAUGUCAAGACUGUAUUCACGGUCGUCAGUGACAGUGAAAUAAAAGAAGACGAGAAGACCAAUUUUGAAGACGGCAAAGAUCGGUCUUUUGUCAUUACACGAAAAGUUAAUGGCGAUGUAAUGGAUGUAGUCAUCGAAGCUGUGUCCGCUAAUGCAAAGAUGACAGGGAAAAUGUACAGAAAGAAGUAGUGGACGUACAGUGUAACGUGACGUCAGUCGCCAUGAGUAACGUGACGUCAGUAGCUUUGGCUAGGACUCUUUGAAAUUAGCCUACAAUAAUGCAAUCAUGAGUUUUAUGAUGAAUUAAAAGCGAAUUAAAAGAGAAGGUAGCUAGUGCGUAAAGAUUGCAUGUUUUAUGCAUCUACCUGAUAAACAUGCAAUUAUAAUUCAAGUGCUUUUUAAUUGAUUAUUGUACACCAAAAGAAAUAAUUGUUUACAAAAUAAAUUGUGAGGAAUGUG